AUGAAGGGCUACGCCCUAGAACCCCAUGAUACUCAGGCUAUCCCUUCUCCCUAUCGAAGACGCUAUUGGAAGGCUAUCACCUUCGUGCUAUCAAGACACUAUCGAAAGGCUAACGCCUUCGCGCUAUCAAGACACUGUCGAAAUGGCGCCAUCGACGCGGCCCCUGCCCCUAUCGUGUAUAACCCCUAUCCGUGUACCCGUGUAUCCGUAUAUCCUCCUACCCGUAUAACGCCUAUAACCCCUAUUACAAAAGCGCUAAUCCUCAUACUGAACCUCCGCUACCUAUAA